AUGAAGCUCGCAACUCAAGCCUCUAUGCGCUCCGCCGCUUCGUUGCGUGCCGGCACGUCUCGACUCUGGUCUCAAUCGCGUUCCUCACAAAAGCGAUUCGCUUCUGCUGCGUCUGAGAAGAAGGGAGGAAUGUCACGACCAUUGCUCGUGGUCGGUGCGCUCGCUGUUCCUGCAGCCAUGUACAUGUCCCGAGGAAACGAAUCACAACCUCAAGCUUCUGUCGGAAAAGAGGAGGUCCAACACCCCGGAUCAAAGUCAAUGCAUCCAUACAUGGGCGAGCCCGGCAAGAGCACCAAGGGUGAAGGUGUAACCGAUACCGCCAAGCUAAACGGAACUGUCCGGGUUGACCGGCCUGCGACGUGA